AGAAUAAACAUUCACUUUUCACAUUUUAAAAUCUUUUUCAAAAAGUUCCUCGACAAACUGCAAAAAAUUUCCAAUUCAAAUUCAAAUUUAAAUAGCGCGAAUCCUCCACACGAACUAUCGGCCAGUGCACAUCUCUAGAGUCUCGACUGGCUGCAAUGUUGUUACCUGCUACUAAGAUGUCGAUUUUAGAAAGGGAUGGGGGAACCUGGUGAAAGGCGCCAAAAGAGUUUGCCGCGAAAAGCGAAAGGGCGAAAGACAGAACAGAACAGAACAGAACGGAAAGAACAGAACAGAAGGAAGGCAGAAGAAGCGCACUCGCAGCACAGCACGCUUUUUUAGCCCGCAUUCAAAUUGAGUAUUUGCCAUCAAGUGAAAGUUUAUUUCCAGCUGAUCGCUCGAUCGCCCCCGAAUCCUACAGCUGCUAUGGCCUGCAAGCGGCUGAUGCUCGACGAUGGCGAACCCGAUGAGAGUUUUAGCUUCGAUGUGGAGAAUCAGGAGAAUAUAGCGCACAACAAUGUGGCGAAGCGGCACAAGGGCCAGCUGGAGACGCCGCUGCAUCGUAUGCUCAAGCGGCACAUGCCCGCCAAUGCCGCCACCGCAUUGUCGCCCAUCACCGAGCUGUCGUACAAUAUGCGCGGCGCCCGUCUGAAUGAGGGCGGCGGCGGCGGCGGCGGCGGGUGCACGCCCAAGUCCACCAACAGUCUGCGCACCUUCAAUAGCAUCAACAGCAUCGCCUCCAGCUACGAUUCGGGCAACUCGCUGGACGACGAGUACCUGCACAUGUUCGAACUGGACCAGAGGGAUGCCGUUGGCAAGCAUGCCGUGGGCUUGCCCGACGAUCUGGAGCUGCUGAUCACUGGCCAGCUGAAGACGGACCACAUCGCGCAGAUCGGCGCAGAGCCACCAAAGCAGCACCGUUCGGCACGUCGCUGCCUGAGCAUGCUGCCCGUGGACCCGGCGGAAGAGGACUCCAAUGGUAGCAGCGUGUCCGUGGCAAGCCAUAAGUCGCCCAACGGCACUGGCACCGGCAACGCCACACGCAUGCUGCAGCGCAGAUCAAUGUCGAUGAACGAUGCCGACAUACUCACGGCAUUGGGCGAUGAGCCCGAACUGAUUGGCGAUCUGAGCAAACCGUGUGCCCUGCCCUGCCUGAUCACUGGCACCCGUCAUCAGGACCUGAAGACCAUUUCGUGUGACACACUGGCGCGCCUGAUCAGUGGGGAUUUUGGCGAGCAGCUGGGUAACGACUGCUACCAGAUCAUCGACUGUCGCUAUCCGUACGAGUACGAGGGCGGGCACAUACGCGGUGCCCAGAAUCUGUACACGCGGGCGCUCAUCAAGGAGGCCUUUCCGGCCGUCGCAACCAAGCAGCUGCAGCUGCCGGGCCAGCGUCACAUCUACAUCUUUCACUGUGAGUUCUCAUCGGAGCGCGGACCGAAGCUGUUGCGCUUUCUGCGCAGCAACGAUCGCAGCCAGCACACGCACAACUAUCCGGCCCUGGACUAUCCGGAGCUGUAUCUGCUGCACAACGGCUACAAGGAGUUCCACCAUCUCCACGCGAAUCUCUGUGAGCCCAGCGACUAUGUGCCCAUGCUGGCGCCCGCCCACAACGAGGAGUUUCGCCACUUUCGCGCCAAGACCAAGUCAUGGCAGUGCGGCGAUGGUGACGGCGCGGACAGUGGCAUUGGCGGUGGCGGCAGCACUGGAUCUCGCACACUGCGCAAAUCACGUUCCCGCUUGCUAUACUCCGAGUGAAAGGAGUCGCCAUCCCCAUUACACCCCGCCAUAACAGUAAUUAUUCUAAAACAAAAUUAAUCGCUAGGAUUGAAAGGACGCAAAUUUGUAGUUUCGUUUCGUUUCGUUGAUUUUUGUUCAAAUGUUGAGUUUUUCCCUUUGAUAUUUAAUGUUUAUUCGUAUUUCGAUUUCUAGUUUAGAGUUUAUAAAAACACACACACACACACACCCACACACACAAAGAAAAAUAGCAUAAAGCAAAGGAAAAGCCAAAAAAAAAAU